AUGGGGACGUUGGCGGACGAUGGUGGCAGUGCAUCUUCCUGGCCGAGCUUACCCACAAUAGCGGAUGGAGUAACAAAAGCUAUGCUCGAUGGAAACCACAAGCUUGGUGGAGUUGCGGAUGGAGGCUCGACAACCACGAUUGGUGAUGGUUUGAUGGUGGGCGAUGCGGUUAGCUCAUUAGAGGGAUCAAUACUGGGUUGCAAGGUCAUCGUCGAUUGUAGCAUCUUAUGA